GCCGUCCUCUCCUCGGUGAGGGUCGAGUGCCCGCACGAAGGCUGUGGGUUGUACGUCACUUACCACAAGCUCGCCGAUCCCCAGAGCGUGUGUCUGCUCGCGCCAUGCAAAUGCCCCGUGCCCGUCUGCAGCUACAAAGGCCCGCCGCCGACGCUCUCCCACCACAUCAGCACCGUGCAUCCCAUGCCCGUGCACAGGAUCCAGUACAGCAAGGUGCUCCAGCUGCAAGUGCCACUGUCGGAGCCACGGCUCUUGUUGUUCGCGGAGGAGGACGGCCGCGCGUUUUUCUUGGUCGGCGGCGUGCUCGACAUCUGUGUGCCUGUUGCCGUGUCAGUCGUUUGCAUCAGAGUGGGGGCAUCCCCACUGCCGCACUACGUGGCCAAGCUGUGGGCGAACGGCCCGCCGGGGGAGCCCAAAGGCAGGACCGACGCCAUCAAGGUGGAAAUGGAGGUGACAAGCAGCAAGGAUCCUGGCGACGUCGUCGUGCAGGAGCUAACCUUCUUCACAGUUCCGCCCAAGCUGCUGGCCGGGGCUGGGUUGUCGAGGACGGUGUCCCUCCACAUUCAGAUUGACAAGCUCACCUCCUAA